AUACCGGCUUUGCUAAAUAACGAGGCGUGAACCUCCCACAAAUUCGCUGUUAUCUCUCGAAUAAAUAUAUAUUUCAACCCACACAAUGUCUGAGGCCUUCCUAACUGCAGCCGAACAAGUGAAGAAUCUUGCGUCCAGCCCAACAGAUGAUGAAAAGUUAGAAAUUUAUGCCUUUUAUAAGCAAGUCACAGUUGGAGAUUGCAACACAGCCCGGCCUGGUAUGUUAGAUUUCACGGGGAAAGCAAAAUGGGAUAAAUGGGACAGCAAAAAGGGAACUUCCAAAGAGGAUGCUGAAAAGGCAUAUAUCGCCAAAGUAGAAGAAUUAAAGACAAAAUAUGGAAUGAAAUAAUUCAGAAACAUUGCCACAGACUCGGUGAUCGUAUCUUCCUUGGACCAAAUGACUCCAUCAAUCAUGUUACCAGACAAAAUCAGAGAACAAAUUUGGUGCUUGUGUUAAUCAGUGAUUAUUUGUCCAUCCUUUGACCGAGGUUCUUUUAAUUGCAAUCUUGUCAACUUACGAAACAGUGAAGUAAUUAUGGUCACUGAUAUUUUUUAAAAAAUGGGUUUGUGAGGUCUUCCCUGUACUUAUACUUCGAGCCAGGAAAUUGAGGAAUCUGUUUUUAAUCAGAAAAUUAUAGCUAUGGAAGAUUACCUGGUAGUUGUUAUACUUUGGUGGUAGUGGAAUUUUCAUUUUGUACUGUCACAUCAGACGACAUAGUAUAUUUUAACAGUAUUCCUGUUUGGAUCAAUCAGUUGCCCUUCACUCUAGAGAACAAGACAUGCAGUCAUGCUGCACUCGAGGCACUAAUUCUUCUAGGUCAGGGACUUUUGAGUGGGUACUAGCGGGUUAAGGACAAGCAUUUUUCAUUUUUAGAAAGAAAAAGCAAGCUACUAAACUUUAAGAUUAAUGAUUACUUUUACUAUUUGUACAUGUAGUUCUUGAUUAUUUAAUAGAUUUUCAAAUAUACAA